CACGUUUCGUUUUGUUGCAGCUUACGUGUUAUAUGUAUCUAACCUUUUCAAAACAAAAUAUAAUUUAAAGUGUUGAAUGAAGUGGAAAUCAUGAAUUACAACUUGGGCAGUCGUGGCAGCGAGCAUUUAACCCGUGGAAUUCUGUUUGCCAACUUCAACCAGGAUUGUACAUCGCUUGCUGUGGGAACAAAACAAGGGUACAAAUUGUUUGCUAUUAAUUCGGUUGAUGGAUUGGAAGUAAUAUACGAUAAUGAAGGUGAGACAACUGAUGUAUGCUUGGUGGAUCGCUUAUUUUCAAGCAGCUUGGUUGCCAUUGUCAGUGUUUCGUCACCUCGUAAGCUAAAAGUGUGUCACUUCAAGAAAGGAACAGAAAUUUGUAAUUAUAGCUACUCGAACACGAUUCUUUCUGUCAAAUUGAACCGAAUAAGGCUGGUGGUGGUACUGGAGGAAAGUCUUUACAUUCACAACAUUCGUGAUAUGAAGGUCUUGCACACGAUUCGAGACACUCCAAGUAACCCUAAAGGGCUCUGCUGUCUUAGUGUUAAUAAUGAUAACUCUUUUCUUGUGUACCCCGGCAGCAGCAUAACAGGAGAAGUACAGAUAUUUGAUGUAACCACCUUAAAUGCAGUAAGCACGAUAAAUGCACAUGACAGUCCAUUAGCAGCAAUGGCAUUUAAUUCAAGUGCUACAAAACUUGCCACAGCCUCUUCCAAAGGGACUGUGAUUCGUAUAUUUUCUGUCCCCGAUGGUCAAAAGCUGUUUGAAUUCCGGCGUGGUGUUAAACGCUGUGUUUCUAUUGGCUCUCUUGCGUUUAGCCCUGACUCGUUGUUUCUAUGUGCUUCAAGCAACACCGAAACCGUCCAUAUUUUUAAACUGGAACAAGCUGGAGUUGAGAAAGCCCCAGUUACAGAUGAGGGAGCAUCUUGGAUAGGCUACUUCAACAAAGUACUGAGUAAUUCAGCAAGUUAUCUGCCAACCCAGGUGUCGGAGGUGCUCAACCAAGGCCGUGACUUUGCCACUGUGAAACUGCCAUUUCAGGGCUCAAGAAACGUCUGUGCAAUUACAGUUCUUCAGAAACUGCCACGAGUUCUAGUUGCAGACGAAGAUGGAUUUCUCUACAUCUAUAACUUGGAUCCCACAGAAGGUGGUGAAUGUGUCUUACUUCGGCAGCAUAAUGUAGCUCAGUUUGGUCAACAGGCGGCGCAGGAUAUCCCAGAGACCUCUGCCGCAUAUCAUGACAGUGAUUCUCCUCCCCACUUUCAUUCCACAUCAGUCAAUGAACAACUUGACAUGCCUGAAACACUCCAUGUUGAUACAAAUGUUGUUUCAAUAAAUGAAUCUUCGAAUCACUAAACACUGAUUUAACUCAGUACUGUGCUUUAUGCGUUCGUAAUUUCAUCUUUGCUACUUGAUUUUUAAUUUGCCCAGUAUGUAUUAAAAUGCAAUGAAAUUGUACAUAACUGCUUUAAGUAGCAAAACAAUGUGUUUAGCUGGGAAAAUGAAAUUUGAAACAACACAAUUUACUCCAAUUGCCAUGCAUACUGGGCCUCUGUACUUAAUUCCUGUGCAAUUUUAUGUUUGCAACAUAACUCCUUUACGUGUGCAGGCUUGGUACUCAUGAAAAAGUCAAUAUACUGCUAUAAAUAAAAGUUUAAAUAAGAUAUUUUUACUUCGGUAGACUCCUCUUUCACGAAUACUUUGUAAUUAUUAAAUUGUUCUGAUUUUUUUUUAUUGCAUGACUGUAUAAUUGUACUUACAUUGCAUCCUAGAUAUAGGUGUAGUGUUAAAUAACAACUGUUUCUCAUUUAUUUUCUCCUGUUUUACCAAUAUUAUUAACCCUGUUGCCGUUUUGUGUAUACACUUUUUUAUCGUUCCAAUACAGUGCGUUAACUGUUGUAA